AUGGCCGUUGAUAUUGAAUCAGUCGUCAAUCUUUGUUGCAACGAAGGAAAUGAAUGGGGAUCACAACGAAAACAUUGCAACGAAUAUAAGUUCAAUCUUGACAAUAAUGUUGUACCAGCUGGCUUACACGGCUUGUGCUUAUCAACGGUGGAAAUUUGUUGCGCAAAACAACAUCGAAUUUAUCAGUGCACGGCCGGAUCUGUGGCGGCAAAAUCGAGUUCAAGUUGUGACAACACGGCUGAUAACUAUGGAACUGAAUUCUUUAAAGAUUGUUGCGAAGCUUGUAAAAUUGGUCUAGUGAUCGGUUCGACAAGCCCACAAUGUUCAACAGAUGGAUUCUCAUUUGGUAGUCCAUGGGAUGAUAUCAUCGAAGAUUGUUGUUCAGAUAUUCGCGACGGAGAUGGUGAAGAGAUUCUCGAUGACAGUAAGAAAUUUCAAGUCACGAUAUCUCAAAUAUAA